AUGAGGCCGAAGCUCGAUAUGGCAAUCGUAAGUGGACCGCUUCUCUGUCUCUGACUGCAUGUGCCUCUCACGUCUCGUGUGAGACAGGUUGGAACCGUCGUGUUCCCUGCUGACUUCACGGUGGGUGGCGAGACCAUCACUUACGCGACGGAUGGAUGGCAGCGCGUCACUUUCGAGCGGCCCUUCCCAGUCACCAGCAGGGUGGUGGUAAUCGCAACACCGCAGCCCUACACAUCCAGCCACAGGUUCCUGCUGGCACGUGUGCGCGACGUGACUCCAUUCGGCUUCCUGAUCGCACUGCAAGACGAGCGUACGUGACCAAACCUACACAUGCCUGUGUCAUUGGGCUCGUGAAUGUGUCUAUAUGCGUGUGUCGUGCAGAGGACGGUGUGUUGGGAUCGCCCUUGGAAGACAUCACCGUCGGCUAUAUCGCGAUCGAGCGCCAGGGGCCAGCGUAUGUUCCCACAGAGACUCGGCCAUAAACAAACAGACCGAUACAGACAUGUGUGUUUGUGUGUCAGUCUAGCGUCGAGCAUCUGGGAGGCGGGGUUCAAAGAGGACAGGCCGCUCGAUUCGCCUAGCGGAACGACCGACAUCAUCAUCGAUUUCGAACAGCCCUUCGACAACACGAACGUCUUCCGCUUCGUGCAGGUAACUCAUGAUAAAUUAACUCAUUCCAGAUAUGUAUCUGUCUCCAUCUAUACGUGUACGUACGGGUGUGUUUCAAUCAAGUACACCUCCUUCUUUGCCAACGCUUCAAAGUCGCUUAAGGAAAAAGGCUUCACCGCCAGCCAACUGGAAGCGUAUGCAACAAAUGCACACGGACGUUGACUGACACAUCCCUCCUUGUGUGUCAGUGAAGAUGACAACAAUCACGAGUGCUUCCACCUGUGGGCGUCCGACCAACCCAACGGCCUGCUGACCAACUCACUCCUCGAGCACACGCACUGGCUGGCUGUGCAAAGCCGUAAGCUAAUGGGGCCUCCAUGGCUCCCCCAUUCUAUUUUUCACUGGUAUCCCUGUCGCAUGCAGCGAGCGACCCAACGCAGGGUCGAUCAGCCUUCGUCAUGCACUCGGUGCUUUCGCGGCACUCGAGGACUCUUGUCAACGGUCUCGCGUCGGUUGCACUGACCGAAAAGCGGGCGCCAGGAAAGACCAUGGCGAGAGUCAAGAACGGCCAGACAAUGCAGACGGUCCACUGGCACGCCGGUAAGCCGACGGAAUUGGCUCUCCCUCUCUGUGAGACAUAUGUGUGUUUGCUCGAUUGUACAGAGAAAGCUCCUCCCCAAGGCAUCUCGAUCGAAGUGGCCAAGUCCAUCAUUCCCCCCGAGUUCACAAAGGUCUACGUCCACUUUACUGACACAUAUGGCAACGUCGUCGAGAACGUGAGGAGGAGCACAGGUCAUGUGAACACACAUUAAACAGUCUGUCUGUAUUUGCGCACAUAUGUGUGUUUGGGGAAGGGUCCAAGCGGCUGCACCAACUGCUCGGCCACUGUGACAUUCUCGCACCAGGCAUGUGUGCGCUUUCGCAACACGCCCUACUGGGUCGGCGACCACGUGCCAAUCGAAAAGGUAAAAUACGAAUGCAUGGAUGGGUAUGGAUCGAUCGACAUACGUGUAUGCGAAUGAAUGGGCAGGGCAUUGGCCACUUUGAGAUCGGGUUCGAUGAGGCGGGCUGCGGCGGGGUGUAUUGGGAAGGAGUGCAAAUCACCGUCGCACAUGAUACGCUCCAGGCGACCAAGACGGUCGUCUUUGCAAGUGAGUACACGUGAGUACACGUGGGUCCUACAUGAAAGCGACAUUUGGUCUGUGUGAAUGUGCACAGGCCGUGUCCUGUACGUGGAGUCACUGUCUGUCCCGGUUCCGCAUGCGGGCCAGACCGUCACGGCACGCAUACAUGGCGCCACCUACUCGGAUCUCGGACUCACUAACGAGGCCGGCGUCAGCGGUCGGCGAUUGGAAAAGCAUGAGGAUCAAAAGACGUCUGUACACGUGUCAUAUACAGGCACAUACUUCGUGUUGCUGAGUGGCGAGGGCGGAAAUUAUUUCGACAACUGGGCCGUGAAUGAGACUGAGACGACAAUUGCGAUGACCGAUGGUGCGCCUGCGUUCGAUGUAGACUGUAUACACACAUGGGUCUACGUAUGUAUGCAGGUUACGGUGAUGUAUCCAUCACAUUGAGACAGAGCGGCAUGCUGACCAUCACGCCGAAGGAUGGCCAAGGCGGGACGACCACCAUCCAAAAGAAGACGAAAGGUACAUAUGCAGGUUCAUUGUUUCCCACUUAUCCACAUACAUACAUGAUGUGUGCACGAGUGUGCAGGUGGAACCCAGAUACUGAUGAUCCCCACCGCCAAAAGUGGCUACUACAUGAUGAGCAAAUCGAUCUACGUGCUACCAGGUGCGUGUCUGUGUUGACGUAGACAGACGGAAGAAUCUUUGCGGAGGAACUUACAUUUUGCAGAUGUUCCCACGAAAAUAGUCACGACCGCGCCGGCCAUGGCGCCUGUCAACCAGCCGAUACUAGUCACUCUGACGGCCAACGACGCAUACGGUGAAAACAUACGGACAUAAUCGACACAGCACAUUUGUAGAAUUUGUCUCACCACCUGUCAGGGGAGUUUUGCCCUGAGGUGUCUGGCAAUCUCAACAUCUACCUACGUACACACGAAAACAGGAUAUCAGCCACACUGUCCUUCCUGCCAUCGCCUGCAAUCGUCUCACAGAACAUCGGUACACACGCGUGCACACGUACCCACGACUCUAUGUUUCAGUGAUUGCGUGUCUCCUUCAGCCGCGGGCACGGCGAUAGUGGCCGUCACACACGGCAAGGCCAUUAUCUCUGUGCAAAGCACUGGAGCUGGGAGCAACGAGCUGCGACUUGGAAUGACCACCAUGACCGACACCAACUGGGAGCUGGCCGGCCAGACGCCCACGUGGGUGGGACAUGAGGGAGCGACAAUCGUUAUUGAAGGAGCCGUCGCCCUGACGGGAAGGAUCGUGCUCAGCGUCAUUCCAUCAACUGUCACGGCUGGCCAGAACGUGUCGGUCACCCUGUCCUCACAAGACACAGGCGGCAGCCCGAAGGCAAUCACUGCCACCGUGGAGCUCGUCUUUUCUCUUACCGACGGAGGGGCCAUCGGACCAACGAGAUCGGUGUCGUUCGCAAACCAGAAUAGCGCUUCCAUCUCACAGCAGCUGACCACCAGCGGCCAAUACAACGUUUCAAUGGCCAACCCAUCAGACGCGCACAUCGACGUGACGGCGUCAACAUUUGUCACGUGUGCUUAUGGGCCGGUGACACAGCUGGGUCUGAUCAUCAUGAACACCGUGUUGCCUGAGUACGAUGUCGGCACGAUGGUCCUCCUGCGCCUCGGUGGGUGAUGGAAAAUGUGGGAAGAUGGUUCUGUAGAAUACGCUUAUAUGGUUUUUCGGGACGAUGGUUCUGUAGAGACGCAAGAUGCGUUCAGCAACCAUGUCCCAACGCGGCAAGACGAUGUCUCCAUCACAUGCACAAGAAACGCCCAACAGGUGGGUGAGCUUUUGCAUUCCUACAGAAGAUCUCUUCUCUGUGUGUGUAUUGCUGAGCAGGUGUUUGACGGCGAUUGCGGUCGGUUCACGUAUCUGCAUGAGGGCUACGUGACGUUUCGGGUGACGUCGAAUGCGGCCGGCUUGCUGGUCGUGUCCGCUUACUCGACUACGGCUCCCGGCCUCAUUCAAGCCACUCUCGAAAUGUCGUUUGGGCUGGGUAGGCGCACACGUCAUAUGUAGGCAUGAAUGGCCUUCUUGGUACUCUCCUUGACGCUCAGUGGUCUAUGACAAGCCCUCCGUCACGCUGACGAUCGACGAUGGCAAAGCUAUGACAAAGUAGUGACGACCAGAAAAUGUAUACAUGGACAGUUUCUUGUCACGAGAGGUGUCUUAUUGCAGAGAGCUUUUCACGAUUUUGACGGCAAGCUUCUCUGAAGGCCUUCAGGCGUCGUCAUUCACAGUCGACGACAUUACUGUGUCCAACGCGACUGUGGAUAGCCUGGUGGCGCUGGAUGCAGCCGAAAGCCUAUGGCGGAUUGUCGUGACGCUGCAGCCGGAUAGAAACGCCUCGUUCUUCAUCGCUGCCGACGUUGUCGUUGGCGACCUAUCCGGCUUGUCCAACGCCCCUUCCAACACCGUCUUCGUGGCAAACGACCAGACACCACCCGUCGGCUCCGUCGCGAUCGACGACACCGCUCCGUACAUCCGAUCGACGGACCUCUCGUCCACCAAUGGGACAGUGCCCAUUCUCAUCAUCGCAAACGAGCCUAUCGCCAUCGACAUCACGAAGCUCGCGACGCCUGGGCUGAGUAUUGUCUCUCAUUCCCCAAGGAGCGGGGAAUACGCUACUGAGGGGUACGUACUGGUGCUGAAAGACAGUGUUGGGUCACUUGUGGUGGAGGUGCCGCCCGGUUUGGCGGCUGAUCGGGCUGGGAACCUCAAUGUGGAGACGUUCUCUAUCACUGUGGCAUAUCGUAAGCCCAGGCCCUCAGCGGAUAGCGUGUGUGAAUGCAUGUCUCGUGUACGCAGGCCCUCUGGACACCCGAUCAACCGUCUCUGAGAUCAAAAUACCGGGCACGGCCACGCUAACUGCUGGCGUCGGCUCUCAACUCUCCCUGCUGGUCUUCGGCAGCCAUUUCGAUCAUGCCCACGAUCAACUCAUCUACGGCUAUCUGCCGCCAAGCGUGCAGGACCCGGAGUCACUCGAUGCCGCUGCGUUUUGUCUCGCCCUUGCUGGCGGUGAUCGGGUUACGUGCGCACAGGGGGAAAACGACACGUCGUAUGUGGUGUGUGGACCGGUGGCUGCGACGGAAGAGGGAAGGGUGGGUUUGUGCUAUUGUGAUGCAAGUCAGCACAGGGACGAGAGCUGUGAUGCGGAUGAGAAGUUCGAUAUCGCUCCCGAGAGUGGAAGAGUCAUCAUCGUGAGGGAAGGUACUUUAUGAAAAUCGUGUUGACACGUGUAUGUGUACACCGGUCUUUGUCAAUGCAUCCAUCAGGGUGUGCCGAGCCAUGCGGUGAGGGCUAUGAGUGUGAGACGGUUGCUCUGGACACGGGCGGUUUCUUCCAUUCAUGUCAACCACACUGCGGCGACGCCUUUAGGACUAUCGAGGAGGCUUGCGACGACGGUAACGAUGUGUCGGGUGAUGGAUGCUCGGGAGAUUGUUUAACCAUAGAGGACGGAUGGACUUGCUCCGUGGUCAUCGGCCAGCCGUCCAUUUGCACACGGAUUUCAAUGUGCAACCUUGACAAGGCAGCUACCCUUCCCGCCGGCUGGCACAGAUGCUCGCCCGACAAUCGGCCAUCACAAGACUUGCUGCUCGGAUGCUAUCUGGUUGACUGUGCUCUCGAGACCACCAAGACAACGAUCGGCUGUGUACCGGCUCCAGGGGAGGCAUAUCUGUGCCAGGAGCUCGCUACGCCCACAUUGCUGGCGGUGGACUUCAUGGAGGGCUUCUCGUCACUGCUGGUGUCAUUCGACCUGCCCAUCGCAGUUAGCUAUGAUGGGACAACAGUCACCGCUAUUACUGCCAACUCACCAACGGAUCUUUGUUACACCUUCGUUGACGACAGCAGGGCGUCCUUUGGCACCGAUCCGUCAUGUCUCGCUACAUCCAAUCGCACCAUUGGCGUGUUCUUCGGAGAUGUCCCGACUGCCCGUGUUGGCGACAUGAUCCAUGUCAAGAGCGGCACCAUCGCACGUGCAGAGGCUGCGUUCAGCGACGUGCUCCAACAGGCAUGGCUCAUUCCGGAGGCCUCCCAUGAAGUCGGCAUCCUUUCUGGCGUCGACCUGCCUGUCUUGUCGGCCGUGGUUCAGAAGAAGCCGAUCUACUCGAUUUGUGAAGGCGUGCAUGUUGACGUCUAUUUCUCUGGAGGCUCUGGGAGGCCUAUCGACAUUCAGUGGACGUGUCUUGAACCAACUGAGGCCUGCGCGUCGCUCAACCAGCACAUUUCCGCUGAGAAUGGUGAGAGGUGGUGAGAUUUCACCAUUCUGACCUGAUCUGUGUCAUGUGUUGUCUUUCAGGUCUCUCUGACACUCACAUGAGCGUCACGAGCGACCACCUCCGGGCAGCCGUCGACCAACAGACGACCUCUGAGCUGUUCGUCUUCCGUUUGACGGCGGCAAAUUUUCUCGGCUCUCAGUUCAACGAGGAAAUUGAGAUUGACGUCGAUUUGACGGAUAAUAUAACUCGCCCAAACGUCGUGCCUGCACUGGACAGCCCGUCGGAGAUGAGUCUCCAUGUUGACAAAGCCAUUGUGCUGCGUGUGGCGCUGGAAGCCAGCAGGUGCCCGGAAAGCGGCACUCAGCAUACACCUAGCGACAUCAUCGUGGACUGGCUCUAUCGACAGACGAUGCCGCAAUCGUCGGAGCUCAUCUCCCUCAACAAUACCUCGGGACACCAGCUCAAACUGGAGAUCGCCCCAGGCUUUUUCGAGACGUACUCGUCGUACGUGGUCGUUGCUCGAGUGGCCUACAGAGGUAAUCCAGAGAGUUCGGCGGAUGUGGAUUUUGUUGUGCACAUCGACGGCGCUUCCACUCCACGUGUGUCUCUCAGCGGGCCAACGAGCGUCUCGGCCACAUGCCCAUUCGCCUUACACUAUCAGGCGACUGCGGCACAAACUGAUUCGUCUCUAGCGUUCAGAUGGCAUUGCUUCAUGCUCAAUGGGGAUGGAGCGUCAGCACUGCAGGCGGCGGAGCUCGAUGAAGCCGUCUGUGACGCUCCAUCCGGCUAUGAGGCGCUUGGCCUCCUUAAGUCGUCUUCAGUCGUCUUUGACUGCACAACAGAGGCAUUUGAGGAAGGAGACACGACGGACGGCUCACAUAAGGGUGAGAAAUUCGUUCAGGGUGGGCACCUCUCAGCCGGUGUCGUGUUCUUCGCCAUGACGGCUCACUUGGAAAGAGACGAUAGUGCUGUGAGUGCCGAUGGCGUUGCGGUGAGCAGAGUGGCUCUGGUGGAUGAACAGGGCCUCACAGCAAAAUGGUUUUCGUCUGUACCCAAACGGUGAGUAACACACGUGUCUCUUCUGAGUGUCGAUAUGUCUCCUGUCACUUCUCAGGGUCUCCUUUCGCACAGAGAGAAUCGACAUCGUUCUCUAUUCCUCGCCGAUCGACACUGCUGCGGCCGUGCCUCCAGAUUGCCAGCCAUCGGUCGCCCAAGGGACGCAAGUGGAAUGGCUCCUCGAGCAUAUGGAUGACGGCACACUCACAAUCGAAAACAAGACCCUCUCGGAGGCUGAGAGCAGGCGCGUCUUGCUCAGGCAGGGCGUACAAGACUCCGCACAGAUCCUCUCUGGUGUCGUGCUGGACACAAGCUUGCUUACAGUCGGGCAGCGCUAUCGCGUCCAGGCGACUGUUGGCGGGCAAACGGUAAGCUCCAACAGUUUUGCUGUCGAUCGCCAUCCGUACGGAGGCAAGGUCGCCGCAAGCAAGUCAACUGUGUCCGCCUUUGAAGCCAUCCACGUUGAGCAAUCCAACUGGAAAGAUGAUGGCCCCAUCGAUGAGCUGGUCAGAGACAUCAGCUCACACACACUCUUGGUUGCGAUGAAGUGGGCAUGAUUGCAGGAGUUUGCCUUCUACCGGAGCAAUGAGGAGCAGUUGUCACCGAUCCGCCUCUGUGAGUUCAAAAAAGCCAUCGAAGGUGGGCUCACCUGUGAGCGGCCGUUGCCCACGGGCACUUGGCGCGUGUACGGAGCCGUGAGAGACCCUCAUGUCUACCAGUGCGCCAUGACGACGGGGGAAAAAGGCGACGAGUGCCCUUACGUGGAGAUUACCAGCGAGAGAGCGGCGGUUGUGGGCGCUGACGAGAUCGCUAGCACGCUCGACGCCGCCGUGUUGAUGACCGGUGACGCAUCGACGAUUCUGAGCGCGUGCAGCCUGGCCGUCGAUCCGAUUGCACAGCAGACGGAGCCGGAGAAGCAGAAAGAGCUGGUCAACGGCCUCUUUAACGCCAUCCAGGUGCCAUACCACGACUUGUCUGUCUGUGUGCUUUGAUGGUGUGCACGUGUGUUUGGAUGCAUGAAAUCAGACAUCACAGGCGCUUGCUGGCGAGGGCGAGGUCUGCGUGGCCUCCCAGGUUAUCGCCGAGAUGCUCUCAUCAGACCUCUCUGACCACUUCGACCAGGAGGCGCUUGGCAGAGGGUUGGCACAACAGACAAACACCCGCACACGGAUAGAUGACGCUCGUGCCUCCUUCCCUGCGUCGCAUACAGGGCCCAGCUUGUGGCUGACCAGGCCCGUGUACAGAGGGGCUCCUGUCCUGCCGAAGCCACAGUGGCACGGCAAUCUGUUCUCGGGGUAAGAAUGCACUGCGUCCCGCACGUCUCGCCCCCUCACAUGGUCUGUCCUGGUCCAUCAGAGCCUCUCGUCUCUCACGGAGCACCGUUUAACGGAAGAGGCCUCCCGGGGCUGUAGACAGGCGGCAGAGGGAGUUGUGCAGGAUUUCGCUGACGAUGUGUAUGAGGGAGAGGAGCAAGACGUCGAGAACAGCGGCUUGAGGAUCACUGUCCGAAAAGCAGACGAACAGCAGUUCGCCAGAGAAGGCGUCACAUUGGACGACGUAAGCUGAUAUGACUCGAUCAUUCAUUGGUGGCUUGCUGGAACCUGUCUGUGUCACGCAGGGCUCUCUGAACAUUUCCAGUGGCGCAUCGACGGGAGCCAGCUGCCCCAUAGCCGUCUCGUCAGUGCAGUGGGCGGCCGAUCCCUUCUCCUUCUCCCCCACGGAUGCCGACACCUCCCUCGGCCACGUCCAGACGAUCGAGCUGCACUCAGCCUGUGACGACCGGCAGAUUGACAUCGACGGCGAGCGUGUUGUGAGCUUUCUAAUGGAGUGCCCGGCCAUUGACAACGAGACAGCCACACGCAUGCUAGAGGCCGUCGCCCCGCCCGCCAGAAGGCAAUUGUUCUCGGUUAGCGGACACACGCAUUGAGGCACACCACACAGACAGACACGGAGGCAUCUGUCUUCCUCUUCUAUCCAUCCAUGGAUGGAUGCAGCUGCCGGGCGUGAGCACGUUCAAUCCUCAGGUGUCAGUCUCAGGUCCGCCUGUCGAGCCGCAGGUGACGUAUCGAGCGGUGACGGAGUGCGCCUGCAUGUUCUUUGACGAGGCCAGAGGCAACUGGUCGCAAGAGGGCUGCUAUGAGCUCGAGAGUGAGGGAGCCGCCAUUACAUGCAUCACAUACAUAGAUACCCACUGUGCCUUUGUUUGUGUUGACCUUGGUUGACCGCAGACAACGGCACUCAUCUGCGAUGCGGAUGUGAUCAUCUGACCUCAUUCGUCGCAGCGGCGAAGCAUUCUGUGCGCCGCUAUGACGACUCCAACAUCGGCCUCGUGGGCAAGUCGGCGACUCUCUUUCAGUCAAUGGGUCGGUCUGCCACAGAGCGGCUGCAUCCAUGCGUGCACAUUCGGUCGCGUGUGUGCAGGCAAGCGGCCCGCGCAUUUUGUGGCGCUGUUGUUCUUCAUGGGCUUGUUGCUCUCGCCGUGCAUGUACUUCACUUCUCGUGACAGGUCAUUCGGCGGUUGCGUCAGACAUAUCACGGCGUCCACAGCAACGCAACCGUAUCUGUAUGUCCAUGCAGGCGGGAUUGGCGGCCGCCGCACAAACGACGGCAUAUCUUCUUCCAGGACCGAUAUGCGAGGAAAAACAUGGACUUCCUUUGUAUGAUAUGCCCUCCUUUUCGCUUCUUCGGCGGGCUCAUCCUGGUCGCCCCGGUCAUCAUCAAUGUCUCCAUGAUCAUGUGGGGUGAACAGUAGUAGGGCGCCGUAUGGGGUGGCGAUGGGGCUAUAUAUUCACGCAUUCACAAGUGAAUGUUUCGACGAAGGUAAUAUGUAUGUAUGCAGCCGGACUGUCCAGUACUUCUGCUGCUUCGGGUGGUUCUUCUCGUUGGUCCGGCGAAAACCAAAGCCCUUCUCGGAGCUGCCCGUGGUCGGCAAGACUGUCGACGAUGAUAGUGACAUGGUACGUAAGGGAUAGGCACACAUAGUGUCCCGUGCUAUCUCAUCUCUGCCGUGUAGGAGGAGGAGCAUUCGCCUCUGACCUCACAUCUACGGUCCAAGGAGGCGGCGCAGCGAGCCAUGAGGGACCUGACGGACGCAAAGAUCCAGAAGAAAGACAUGGAUGAGACACCAUUCGUACGCAAGAGAGACACAUGAUGUCACUACUGAGGUAUCACAUGUGUGUCUCGGUGCGUGUGGUCAUAACGCAUCCAUGUCAGUUUGAAAUCGAGCACAAGGAGUACAGGGAUGUCCAGGCUCGUCUCGCCGCCUCUCUGUUGACGCUUCGCAGCGUCGCGCGGAGAGGGAGGCGCUACAAGGUCAAUGAGUACAACGCCUUCGACGACAGUAUGCACUCACACACACAUGCAACCCAGAAAGGAAGACAACAUGCACACUGACAGACAAAUGCGUCCAUGUCAUGUCCACUCGCACAGAAUCUAUCGUGUCCGCGAGCACCUUGCCGUCAACUGCUGACGGCAGGCAGGGCGCGCAGCGGCCCUCAGGCGACACCCCUUGGACAAUACCCCCGCUUUCGCGGUAACACCACCCUCAAUCCGACUCAGCUGCACCCGUGCAAGCAUUUCCGAUGUCUCCAGGCCGAUAUUCCAGGCGUUUGGUCUGUCGCCCGAGAAGGAAUUGGAGCUGAGGCCUCAGGCGAUGCAGGUCGCCCACGCCGUUUCUGCUUACUCUGCCCUUAAAAAUGACCGGAGGGCCGAUCGGUUGCUCAAGGGCGGCGACAGUAAGCACGUCCGCCUGUGCUUUUAUCUAUAGGACCAAUCGACGUGUGUGCGUGUGGAUUUGUUCGUCCAGUUGUCAAGGGAGGUCGUCGCGCGCACAAGAAGCUGACAAAGAUCUACACCAAGAAGCAGGACUAUCUUGUGAAGCAGAAGCAGAUGUUUCUAGCACUUCUGGACGCGCAAGAGAACAACACAGCAUACAGCAAGCUGAGGUAAGCUCUGUGUUUGCGUCCCCGUGCGUCCACACAUUCAUGGCAUGGGUCGCACGCAGGGCGGCCGAGGUGCAACUCUCGACGAGCGACAUCGAGUUGCAGAAGAUCAAGUACUUCGGCCCUGACAAGAUGUCACGCUACCUACCGCCUCUCGGCGCCGUUCCCGUCUCCAUCAGGUGAUGCUGAUCUGGGUCGAUGCACCAUGUCUCCUUAUUAUCGAUUUCAUCUGUUUGUCUGUGGGCAGACGGAUGAAAAAGGAGGCGCUUUUCCUCCCCCAACACGACUUCACCUUUGAAGGUGAGGCAUCUGAGCACAAUCUUGUGGAGGUGAAUGUCCCGUGUGUGGCUCUUUGAUCCCCACUCCUCGCCUGUCGACAAUUGACAUCAGCCGUCAUCAACGUGAGCCAGCCGGUGUUGUACGAAUGAUUUCCAUAUCAUGGUUUCUCUGUGUAGGUGGGCAACAUCUCAGGGAGUCAGGAAAAUCUGUUUGAGGACACACGUCAUCUGCUGUGGCUGACCGAUAAGGGAAGAAUCCUCUGUGUACACCCGGAGGCCGCAUUUGCUGAAGGCUCUCUCCAAGUGAGACACACACGUACUUGCGUAUUAUGGAUAAGUCAGUGUCUUCGCAUGUCUCAAACAGCCGUUAGUAGACUUCGAGGGUCCGCGCCACAUCCUGCCGAUUGAGCACAGCGUCAUCGAGAUCGACGACACCAAACCAAACCCCAUCGUCCGCUUCUUCGUCCGCAGACAGACGGACACGACCACCAGCAGCCACGGCGACAGCAGCAUCGUCUCGCGACCCCCGUCAGAUGCCGUUACCGAGAAGGCCGACUCGGACGUCAGAUUUGCAAUGGAGCUCAGCCUGGAGAUGGCCAAUCCCACAGGAGACCUCCGAUUCCUGUCUCCCGUGCCGCUCUUCGCCAGGAGGGAUUACAGCUGGAAGCCGGUCCCCUCGCCAACAUCAUCGGCAGAAGGAAAACAGCCUUCAUGGGCGUCGACCACCUAUCUGAUCGGGCACAACGCCAUCAGCUCCCCUCUCUUCAUCCCCUCCACCUCGAUCGACGCCUACUGCCCGCAGCUGGGCCUCUGCUCGCUCUGGCUCUCCCACAUCGGCCACGUGCUCAACAUUCUACCGAGAGAGACCGCCCCAACACUCAAGGAGAAAAGUGACACCCACAGCAGGCGGCUGUCUGCAGCCACGGCGCUUUCGAGCGCCGCACAGACGUCGCACACCGUCCGGUCGUUGUUCAAACUGCCGAGGUCGGCACUGACGGCCGUGCGAGGGGCCGGCCGGGAGGGAUGGCAUGGCGAGCAAGAAAAGGAGGUGCAGUACACCGUCUAUGCCGUCUUCAUGUCCCACAUCAAGCAGAUCAAGGAGCUGGCUGGCGAGGAGUCGGCCGCGGACGCCGACCAGGGCAUCAAGGCGUCGUGUCUGCCGUCUGUGAAGCUGUUGGUGAGCAACAAUACCUCACUGCGGCUGUACUUCAGCCACCAGGUGUUCGCCAAUGCCUUUGCCACCAACAUGUCGCGACUCUCCAAAGCCGACAAGACCAACAAACCUCAACUGUCACGAAAGAGAGUGGUACGUGUCCACAAACGACCCUUUGCACACGCAUAUGUGUGUACGUGUGUGUAUGUAGACAAUCUCCUACGCACCAGAGAUGCCGGUCGAGCGGUCACUCUCGUUCUCGACCAAGCUGGACACGCCGGCCGAGGCCGAGGCCGGUGCUCUCCCACGCUCCCUGUCGACCGAGGAACCCAAUCUCCGCAUCGACAGCGACUUCUGGGGACUCUUCGACACGCAACAAUCGCCAGCGGCUGACCAGGUGGGGCGCCACCUGCCGUGCACACUCACCCUCUCAUGCGGGUUGGUCCGAUCGACAUACGUGCUCGCACGUGUGGGUGCUUCAGGAGUUUGUGACCACGGCGGCUCACGAGACGGCCGGCGAUCGAGGGGCGGAGGGUGAGGUGUCGCCUUUGCAGGUCGCGCAAGUCGAUGACUUCUUCGACCAACCGUCCCCGAAAUCUGCCUUCCGACCGGCGUCGAAAUCGUCUCAAGACUCGCCUUCACGUAAGUAUGUGACUGUACAAACAACGGUUAGCUCAUGUGUGCAUUGCUGCAGUGCGAAAGCGGAACGCUGCGAGCACACCGGCGAGCGACGAGGCUGAUAGCCCACGGGACGAGACGGUCGACCUCGUGAUUGCCACAUCCUACCAGAGCCCCGCACAGCAGGGGUCCGUUCGUGUGUGUGUGUGCCUGAAUGCAUACCCCAUCAUGGAUGAGUGGAUGGAUGGAUGCAGGUCGCUCGUGGCUCCCGAAGCGAGCGCGGCUGUGGCUACGCCGUCACCGGCACCGAUUCUUGUGGAGGAUCCCUUCCACACGUCGGAACAGAGGUCGGCGAUGGUGGCACCAGACAAACAACGACAGGAGCAUCAGCAGCGUCAGCAGCAGCAGCAUGAAGGAGCGGAAGGCGAUAACAAGGACGCAGAGACGGACGUCGGCAGGUGUGCCAGCUGCGGCAAGUGCUGCCGAAAUGUGUAUGACAAGCUGGUAAAAAAAGACGCGUUUUAGCAAAGAUGCAUGUCAUGUCUCUUUGACGACGGCGAUGUAUGUAUGUGCGUGUGCGUGAAGGUGCGGUUUGAAGAAUACCAGAACGACCAUGUGGUAGGAUGAGAAGAGAUGAUAGAUAGACAGUGUGUAGUACGUGUGUGCACCGCCCAUGAUAUGUGUCCAAACGUUUGGGCAGGUGUACACCUGGGAGGCCGUAAGCUUACGACAACGAACCGAGCCCUUGUGUUAGAUGGACACACAUGUACGUACGUACGUUGUAUGUUCUGCAGGUGAAUUUGAGGGCGGCCAUCUCACAGGAGAACAAGAGAAACCAGAACCUCAUCCUCGCAAAAAGGCUGCAGGUAUGCAUGCAUAUGCACCGACGCGACUGCACCACAUGUGGUGGACCAUGGUCUGUGUGCUGUGUGUUGUCAGUAUCACGAGUGGCCGGCCGGGAAGGUCAUAUACACUGUCGCCAUGAGAGAACACCCGCGUACGGCCGCCUUGGCUACACACGUGACGUGCCUCACACAUGAAUAUGUCUCAUCUACUCUACCUGUGGGUGAAUUCAGUGCCCAAGACGUUCCCCUACAACCCGGUCAUCUCCCGGUCAGUCAGCGGCGAACGCGCAGCACGCCUCAUACGUGCGCGUCUUUCUUUAUGUAUGCCUUUGCCGUGCAGGACGCAGCGUUAUGCGAUAGAGUUCUCGGGCAUCAUGACGGAACUCUUCAUCUCUUCCCUGUUCUUCAACGCACAAUGCGCAUACUCACCAUCACGUACAACCAGUCACUCACAGAUACACCUGGCCUAGACCGACACGUCAUAGAUAUGUCUGUUUGUCUGUUUGUCUGUCUGUCUGUCUAUUUGCCUGUCUCUCUCUGUGGAUGAAUGGAUGGAUGGAUGGAGACAGCCGAGGUGUGUUUCCCUCUCGGCAACCCCUUCGUGAUCAGCUGGCACGGUACGCAUACAACGUGCAUUUGGCCCUUACGCACACACGGACUAUCCAUAUAUACAUAUAUGGUCAGUAUUCUUUGCGUCUCUGUGGGCGGUCGUCCUUGCCGUGCCGGUGCCCCUUUUCCUGCGGUAAGCGGACACGCCACGGCAGACGCGCGUGUGUGUGUGGAUCGACUGCUUUGUUCAUAUAUUGCAGAUUUUGUUUUGCCAAGCGGAUCGUGGAGGAGACACACACGGCCGCUGAGAAGGAAGUCAUGGUACGCAAACGUGUGCCCGUGUCUCGAAUAUGCGGAGUCGACCUCUUUGUGUGUGCGUGUGCAUCUCUGUGUCUCUCUGUGUAUCUCUGUGUCUCUCUGUGUGCCUGUGGCCAACAACAGUUGCUAUACUGGCGUCUGAAGGACCUGCUGGGCUAUGCGUUCAUCCUGACAUGGGACACCUGGUGCUUCUACUUCCUAAUGGUCUUCAUCCUGGUACACACGCACAUACACACGUGGAUACACGAAAGACACGUGUGUGGAUCUCUGAAAUGGACAUGCAGAAAUUCGAUGGCGUUCUGGUGGGCAAGUGGUACUAUUCCGGUGCCCUGGCGCUGGCACACAGGUACACACACACGCACCGUGCCAUGUGUGUGCGUGUCUUUGUUUCGCAAGUGGCUCUCUCUCCCCGCUCUGUCUGAAGGAUGAUUACUGCGCCCGUCAUCCGGUCUCUGUGGGUGUCGGCUGUGCUGCUCAUCAGCAAAGUGACCUGGUGGGAGGGCGGGUGGCAAAUACACACACCGACACCCACACACACACACACACACGUGUCGUCGUGGGUGGAUCCCAUUGGUUCCCUCAGGGUGUGUGACUUCCUGCUGCUGUCCUGCCCGGCUCUGAUCGCCUUCACACACCCUGUAAGGACACACGCACCCAUGGCGCUUGAUCGACAGAUUGGUAGAAUACGCAAUUGUAUUGUGUCUGUCACACACGUGUCUGCAGGACAUCAAGCGCAUCAAAAGAAAGACAAGCGCACACAAACUGGUCAGUACGCAUGGUAUUCUAGACACUCCACAUAUGUGGCCAACACGUUUCUAUGUCCAGGAGAGCGACAAGUUGCCGCGGCCGAUAAUGCCCCCCAAGCCCAUAAUGCCCAUCGGACAGGUAGGUGCCCAUCGGACGGACACAGACAUACAGACAUACAGAUACUGCACACCCCCAGAGGAGCCGUGCGCAUUUGUUGCAGAAGGUGGACGAGUCCACCAUCAAUGAGGAGGAGAUCGAGUCAGAGAGCGACAUCACAGAGAUGAGCCCAAUGAUCAUUCCAAGGUACCAACAGACACUCAGAGAUCCAUGCGGGUCGGACUCCAUCUGAUCUGCACACCCCACAGGACCAGAGCGGCCACUCAGAAGCACCGUGAGCGUGAGCGUGAGCGUGAGGAGGGCCGGACGGCUGCCGAGGCCUACGAUCAGUUCUGGAGCGAGCAGCCGCUGCGCUUCCAAUAG